AUGUGUAAACUACAGGAGGUAGAGAAAGCAAAAGAAAAGGGGGCGCAAAAAGGAAGAGCAGCGGAUAAGGCUGAAGACGGCCCGCCUGAGCCUCAGGCUGAGAAGUCUAAAGAUGAGUCUGAUGUAGAGUCUGAAGAUGAAGAUGAUGAACAAUUGUUGGAUGAAGAAGAUCCUCCUGCUCGAAAAACCGAAGUCACUAAAAUUGAGACCGCAAAGCCUGUGGUCACCAAAGCCGAGGCGGCGAAACCCACUGCCACUAAAUCGGAGGCGACAAAGCCUUCUACCCUUAAAGCUGAAGCGACUCCAAACCAAGGCAAAAAAUCUGAGGGAGCACAGAACCAGGGAAAGAAAGCUGAGGGAACGACAAAUCAACCGGGUGGUCAAAGUGACGGAAAUGGUUCAAGUGCAGGCACUCCUUCACCUGGUGACCCUGUUCCCAGUAGUGGUCAGGAUCUGGGUGAACAGAGGUCUACUUCUGGGUCUGCUCAAAAAAGCGGCGAUCCUUCAUCUGAUGUUCCGCCUCCUAGUCAAGGUGUUGCUGGAGUUGGAGGGGGCGGGGGUUCAGGAGGUCCUGAGAAUUCUGGGAAGUCUAACACCUGUCCUGAUGGUACGACAUCAUCCUCGUACCUUGGUGAUGGUGCAAUAUGUUUCUCUAAGUCCAAUGAUGACGAGGAAAUAAUCUGGAAUGCCCAAAGGCAGAGUAUGCUGGAAGAUCAUUAUAAAAAUGAAGCUAAAACUCUUGUACGGAUGCAGACUCAGCAACAACGCAACCAUCCACCAACGCAGUCCAGGUAUACUUCAAUUCUUCCAAAUAAGCCUAGCCUUCACGCUUCCAGACCGCCUCCUCAGCAAAUCGUUGGCCGUCCUCUGAAUGAAAACCCGUACAAUGCUCCACAGGAGAGGGAUGCCGAUCACUGGGAUGGAAGUGCCAUAUUUCUCGAUGGUAGAUCGUUUACAAACCCAGUAACAAGCCAGAUCGCAAUGGAAAAGGCGUACGAAGCAGAACAAAAAAAUACGCUCACGAAUGGCGAGCCAAUAGGAAUGAGUUUCUAG